AUGGGCUCCAACACAAAAAUCGACAAGGAGAACAUCAUCCCUUCAUAUGAGCAUCUUCCGGAGGACGUUCGUCUGCUGCUGGAGGAGCACAAGAAGAAGCGCGAUGAAGAAGAUCUACAAGCGGCGCUUGCGAGCAUCAAGAUCGAUCGAUGCGGCAACAUCACAAAGAUCAAGGAGAUCGACUUCGCUUCUGCCUCCACAGAUGCAUCUACUGAGGAUGCUGUGCUACCUGUAGAGGUAAACUUGGAUGCGUACAGGUGUGCUAAGCAAAAUGAUUUAAAUGUCGGUGAAUAUCAUGACUUGACGAUGGACAAUAUUGAUGAAAUCACCGACAAGAGAUUGAUGGCUCUGAAGGAGAUAGAGAAGGACAAGACCAUGGUGGCGAAGGCAUAUAACAAGAAGGUCAAGGCCAAAUCUUUCCAGAUUAGAGAACUCGUGUGGAAGACGGUGCUACCACUGAAGACGAAGGACAGAAGAUUUGGCAAGUGGACUCCAAGCUGGGAAGCUCAUGACCUUCACUGA